GUGUAGUGGAAGAGGUAACUAGCUUUUCGUUCCACGAUUCAAAGCCAAGUCUGUAGGUUCGAUAGCGGAAGGCAAACCAAAACAAGGACAAGAGCAGUAGAAUUUUGUUCCCGGAAACCUACAGAAGAAAUGUUGAAUUGCCCAGAGCUGUGGAAAUGAAAGAAAAGAACACAAUCUCCCCACUUAGGCGCAUUUUAGUGAAUUGUACGGCUCAGGCAAAAGAAUAUGGGGCCUGUGUGGCAGCUAAAGUUCCGGAGGUUGAACGCGAUAUGUGUUUGAAAGAAUUUCUUGCCCUAAAGACUUGCAUGCAGAAUACGCUCCGGGGAAAGGUUUAAUGUUUGGAUCCUUGGAGGAAGUUGUUCAAACUUUGUAUAAGACGUAGUUUUAUUAUUCUCCAGCAAUUUGGGUUUUGAGGUUCAAAAACUCAACAUAACCUUAGGAAGAUGGCCGGGAAAGCAUCAAGCUCUCAAGCCAGUGUUGGUGGUUUAGGAUCUGGAGCUUUGUCGCAUGUUUUCAUACAAUAUCCCCCUCUACGUUGCAACAUUCCUGGAUCAAGAGGUUUCUAUUAUGAUGAUGGAAAUAAGUUGCUUAUCUCUUCUACAUCUGAUCAGGUCUUUUCGUGGAAAACUACUCCCUUUUCUCCUCUUGCUGCCUCUACCACUGAUUCAAUAGAUGAAGGGCCUAUCUGCUCCAUCCGGUUUUCUCUAGAUGAAAAGUUUAUAGCAGUCCAACGAUCCAACAUAUUGAUACAAUUUUGGCAUAGAGAAACAGGGGAAACUUUCACUCACAGGUGCAAGUCUGAGUCGGAGAAUAUACUGGGGUUUUUCUGGACAGAUUGUCCGUCAUGUGAUAUUGUAGUUGUAAAGACCAGGUAGGGGGAGGCUUCCUGUCCAUUUUACAAUUGUAUUGGAUAAUGAUUUUGUUUUUGUGAACAUCUUAAAUCUUGAUAUGGUGUGUAAAAAUUCAGCAUCAACUGAGAUAUGAUAUUUCUGACAAGGAAUUCAAUUUCAUAUAAUAGCAAUGUUAUGCUGCC